AUGCGCACCGAAGUACACAAGACCAAGGACAAUUCAGUCUGUGUGUCGCUUCACUUCGAUACAAAGGGUCUGACCUUGAGCCAGACGCCCUUCGGCGUCAUUGUCAAGCUCGAGGAUCUGAACAGCACUGGAGAGCCUGGCACUCCCGCCCUCCCACGAACUCAGUUGCGCCUUGCUCUCCCCGAACCUUUCUGGCCUGGCAGUCUAAAGAUUGUCGAGGAAAAAUGGGAGCUUGUCGCGGACGCGGGGACGCUGGUCGUUCCCGCGCAACAGUACCGGCCAGGCGGCGGCGGAGAGUUUCAAGGUUCCCGUCCUGCCGGAGACACGACGCUCCACUGCGCCGGUGACUGCACCUGCCGGUCCAUUCAUCGCCCUGACCGGUCCCCGGUUGACGAGAAGGAUAAACUGCCAGCUUCCCCUUUCGCGCCACCGAUCCCCGAAGCCUACGUGGAGGCAGCCAAGAAUCCACCACACAUUGUACAAGCUGUCCGCAUUGAGACCAUAGGGGCUAACCGCAUUGCCGUCGUUGAGGUGACGCCCAUCCGGUAUACACUUAAGGGCCAGUUGGAGCUGUGCACACAUGUCCAGCUUGCCAUCGACGCUGUCAAGACGGCAUGCAUGACAGACAAAGACCAAAACGAAGCGAUUGCCGAGUUCUCCAAGAUCUAUGGCAAAGAUGUCGACAAGAGUCGUGUUAUUCCCGAGCCAGAGCGUUUUAUCAGUGGUGCUGCCGAGGCGUCACGCCUUCGGGAUAUGGCGAUCUCACAGGUCAUCAACCCCAUCGUGAUCGGCAGCAUUCGUCGGGACUGGCCCAUCAUUGAGCUGCGAAGCGACUACCUCAUCAUCACGGAUGAUGUGACCUGGGACCCCGUGGCUAUCGCUCCUGGAGUUUCUCGACCGGGCCUUAUCAAGGAGUUUGAGCGUCUCGCUGAAGCCAAGCGCGCCCGUGGUAUUUCCACUAGGGUCGUCUCGAUCACAGAUAUCGUAGCGGGUCGCUGGGGUAACUUCCGCGCUGGAUCUCGUGAUCUCCAGGAGGUCAUCCGUCGGUUCCUCAAGGAUGUCCGCACCCGCUGGGGCGUCAACUGGCUUCUUCUCGGCGGUGACACGAGCAUUGUUCCUGUGCGUCGAGUGGCGGGUGCGCUCGAGGGUGGAAUUGAGCCUCCGCUGACGGUCAAUCCGCCUGCCAACAACAAGUCUUUCUGGACAGGCUCUCAUCUUCGCAUCCACGCCGUGAACCCCGGUACCUGGUGGGGUGCGAGCACGGACAACCUGCUUGUCAGACCCGACACGGGAGCUCUCAUCCGGUACGACGCGGCUGGUACUUCGAGCAGCACGUCGCCCGGUUGGUACUUUACAACAGCCGACGACUACGCCACGCGAAGCGCAACGCCGACCAAUUUUGUUCGUGUCGAGGGCCCAUCGUCGCUGGUGAACGCUGGGCUGCAGUUCAUCUAUGCCUGGAACACGCUGCCAACCGACUUCUACUAUGCCAGUCUUACCAGCUGGGUUGUACGAACAAGACCGGUUAGGUUCGGGCCAGUCACUUUCCAAAUGCCCUACGUGUACACGCCACCACAUGAUUGGGAUGCUAUUGGGAACGGCGUUUACGGCCAAUUCCGUCUUGACGGCUCUGAUAUUGAUGGAGUUAACCUGCAGACCGAGCUCAGUGUUGGCCGUGCUCCAGUUGAGACCGCAGCCGAGGCCAACACCUUUGUGAAUAAGACGCUGGCAUACGAGAGACUCGGCCGCCUGGGUUGGCGGGCGGCAAACCGCCAGUGGCCUCGUGAUCUGGUUCUCGCAGCCGCAGAUUGGGGAUCCCGCGCUGUUUUCUGGCCAACGGGCAAUGCCGUUCCCGCCAACGGACAGUAUAGUCACGAUGCUACACAGUCGCGGUCCCUGCUCAAGAGAGACGCAGCACCAGACUCUUUUGCCUGGGAUGUCAUCGCGCGUAUCACCGAGGACGAUCGGCGAGUUCUUCCUUACAAGACGGACGCGAAUCCUGUAGUUCGAGGCUGGUAUUUUGCUACGUCGGCCACAGAUUCGUCUCCAAGCAGAUUCCAAAUGAAUAUCUUCGGCACGCGCAUCAGUUGGCCUAUGCGAAGCCCUUGGGUCAUCAUCCAUGGCUCCCUUGCCGAGCGCACACCUCAGAUGUAUGAAUUCAAUCCCCGUGGCGCUGACGGCUCCAUGGCCGACCAGGAAAUCCUCCGCAAGCAGAUCCGCAGCGAACUGCCCGGUAUCGACCGCCAUCAGCGCUUCUACGAAGACGAGUUUGACUUGCCUUUUAUCGAUCGCAUCGCUGCUCCGGUAGAUUUUUUGACUGUCUCGAAUCUCCGCUCUGCUCUCGAUGCAGCCCCGCACAUCGUCUCGCUCUCUGGCCACGGCAAUAGCAACGGCUGCUGUUCACUGUCCGUGAACACGGCGAGCAACCUCACCAAUGGACCCCUUGGCUUCAUCGCCUAUGCCGACUCCUGCCUGACCAACCAGUUUGACGAGGAGGACUCCAUGAGCGAGGCUCUCAUUAAGAAUCCCAACGGCGGCGCGGUCGCCUACAUUGGCAAUACGCGCUUCUCCUGGAUCGGCGUGGGAGAUAAUUUCCAACGCGCCUUCUUCCAUCGCCUGACUGCCACACGUCAUCUUGGAUUGCUGAAUGACAGCCGUCUUGCCACCUUCGGUACGUCUGGCUUCAUAGCUGGCGCCGAUCGCUGGGCCAUAUACACGCUUAAUCUCCUUGGAGACCCCGAGUUGAGGGUGUAUCGGGCGGCCAUUCCAUCUCUCAGGCUACCGCUCAUCAAGGUCAAGCUGCGAGAGCCGUUCAUCCGGAUCCUUGGGGAGCGCAAGGUCCCGACUGGACCACCUGUGUUUGGCGAUCCUUCCCGGUCAAGGGGGCGCUGGUACAUGUGCGACAAGGGCCGAAGCUUGAGUUUACAGGGGUUACGGAUGCCGAUGGUGUCGUGUUCUUGCCUGAGGGGAGAUUUGAGAAGGGUGAACUGGAGGUCACGGCUUCGCACGAUGAGUAUGCUGUCGUGGCUGACAUUGUGCAAGCCGAGGGUUGACGCUAGGUGGUUCGAGAUAUAG